ACGACGACGAGGAGGAGGAGGAAACCACUGAGAGAGAGGAAGGAAAUGAAGAUCACGUCACGAAGAGCAAAAUCGGAGUAAAAAAAACAGAGCGAGUGCUAUUUGACGCUCCUUGGCUUGAGACGAGCGUGGACUGAACUGGAGCUUAUCUUUCACCACCAUGUCAACGUGGACUUAUUCGGCGUGAAAAAAAAGAGGGGACAGCCGCUACGCAGCAGCCGUGGAUGUGUGGGGUUUUUUUUGUGCUCUUCUUUUUUUCUUGUGUGGAAAUGUGUGAAGACCUCCCCCUCUUCCUCCUCCGUGUGCCUGCCCACUGACGCCUCUUCGUGUGCAUCUUCUCUGCAUAUUUCCUUUUUUUAGACACAUAUAUAAAACCACAUGAUUGAAAAUACUUAUUGUUAAAACCCACGGGAUUUUUUUUACUAAUUAUUUAUUCAAAGGAGUUGGCUUUUUUUCACGACAAUCAAAGAGGAGCAUCGGUGGAAUUAACAGGCGGCAUCUACACCAAAUUCCAAAAUGAGUGAGCUGGAGCAGCUUCGCCAGGAAGCCGAGCAGCUGAGGAACCAGAUCCGAGAUGCCAGGAAAGCAUGUGGAGAUUCCACCUUGACACAGAUAACUGCUGGUCUGGAUCCAGUGGGGCGGAUACAGAUGCGAACAAGACGCACCCUCCGAGGCCACCUUGCUAAGAUCUAUGCCAUGCACUGGGGGUCAGACUCAAGGCUUCUUGUUAGCGCCUCUCAAGAUGGCAAACUGAUCGUGUGGGACAGCUACACCACUAACAAGAUCCACGCCAUCCCCUUGCGCUCCUCCUGGGUCAUGACCUGUGCGUACGCCCCGUCUGGGAACUACGUGGCAUGUGGAGGCCUUGAUAACAUCUGCUCCAUCUACUGCCUGAAAACACGCGAAGGGAACGUCAGGAUCAGCCGGGAGCUACCUGGGCAUACAGGUUACCUUUCAUGUUGCCGUUUCAUCGACGACAAUCAAAUCAUCACGAGCUCAGGAGACACCACCUGUGCGUUGUGGGACAUCGAGACGAGCCAGCAGACCACGGUGUUCUCGGGCCACACGGGGGACGUCAUGAGUCUGUCCCUGGCGCCCGACCUGCGCACCUUUGUGUCGGGAGCGUGCGACGCCUCGGUCAAGCUGUGGGACAUCAGAGACAGCAUGUGUCGACAGACUUUCACGGGACACGAGUCGGAUAUCAACGCCAUCUGUUUCUUCCCCAACGGCAGCGCCUUUGCCACGGGCUCUGACGACGCCACCUGCAGACUGUUCGACCUGCGCGCGGACCAGGAACUCAGCCUCUAUUGCCAUGACAACAUCAUCUGCGGCAUCACCUCGGUGGCUUUCUCCCGCUCGGGCCGCCUGCUGCUGGCAGGCUACGACGACUUUAACUGCAACAUCUGGGACGCCAUGAAGGGAGACAGAGCAGGAGUCUUGGCCGGCCAUGACAAUCGUGUGAGCUGUCUGGGUGUGACUGAUGAUGGCAUGGCCGUGUCCACCGGGUCCUGGGACAGCUUCCUCAAGAUCUGGAACUAAAGAAAGACACACGUACACACACACACACACACUUCUUGGAACACAUGUGUUCGCACUGUAUGUAAGUGCAACAAGUGUACAUAAGACAUAGUAUGAAGACUUAGUUACACCAAUCACACGUGCUACCUUCGACUCAAGUGCAAAACUACAGCUGCAAGGUGACACAAACACACACUCUCUCUCUCUCUCACACACACACACACACACACACACACAAUAUGAAAAAAUACACACACACACAAUGUGACCAAAUACAUUUAAAUCUUGUAAGCUUUCUUGUAUUAAAACAAAAACACAAAACUAUGACCUGAAGCCUUUUAAAAUGUUCCACAUACACUCACUCCCCCAACCCCCAAGAGACACAGCUCAGAAGACGUCAGUGGACAAUUCUGUCUUUGUUUACAAUGAAGUCCAAAAUGCACUUAAGACGAAUACUACUGUAGUAUGUACGUUCUGUCUCAGUGCCACUUGUGAUGCUUUUCGGGGAGAACGUGGAAGAGAAUCAGAGUCCAUUAAAACCGAGUGGGAAAACAAAUUUGAUAGAGGUAAAAACAUCAUAAUUAUAUCUUAAUAUUAGGCCAUGUUUUAGAAGGUUUUUGUGGAUAGCUAUAUGCCCCAUACUCAGUGCAUUUUUUUUUUACACUCCAUUUCUUCAUGUUCUCCCCUUGUGCCUCAGAUACACGUUUAACGAUUAUUGCUAGAGAAUAUUGGAUAAGUGGAGAAGAAACUUGACAAUGUGACGAAAAGGUAAAAGCAUUGUAAAGAGGAGUCUGAAUCGAGCAGGAGCCAGUAUUCAAACUUUAAUCUGAUGAUCACGAUGGUAAAAUUGUACAUAAUAUUAAUAAAUAGCCUCUCCUGCCAGUGAAUGGUCCUUUUUUAAGCACUGUUGAUGCGAAUAUAUUUGUGUCACAUUCAAGAGGAACAGUUGACUUGCACAAUGGAUUAACUGUCUUAAAGGUCAUCAUCGGAUGUGAAUGUGGGACAAACUGAAGUUUUUAUAGGCACUUUUUGGAAGUCAGAUGCUUAUGGGCAAAAUGAUUAGAACUAUGGAAGAAUACAAAAACCUAAAGCGUACAGUAGCAUAACAGAAUGCCAAGUGGCUGAAAAUUAUACAAUUAAAUUCAGUAUUUACAUUCUACAGAGAGAUUGUUCAUUUGUGGCACUGUCGUGGCUCAUUCAGCAUCUUUCAUUUCUCGACUUUAAAUGAAUGAAAUUUGCCUAGCUGUAUUUUGAAUCUACACUAACCAGCUAAAUGAGAAAUAAAUGUACAUUGGAACAAUUUGAAGCAGCACGAAGCAACAUUGUGGCUUGUAGCGCCAUCGUGUGGCAAAAUGCUAAAAUGCUCUCGACUCCUCCACAAAUGAUCAAUCGGUAGACGGUGUUUCUCAAGCUUUUUACGAGACCACCGUCCCCGAUACUAAAUAAACAGAUCUCCAAGUAUCACCAUGUGCCCAUUAAAAACAAAAAUGAGGUAUUUUGCAAACAGUAUAUUGAGUAUUGUCUUGAAAUGCAAGGCCAUUCCAUUGAAAGCCAAAUCCAAUUUUAACUGUAGUGAUUCUUUCGCAUUACCACCAGAUAGAGCCCGCGGCAGAAUCACUGCCAUGCAUUAUCAUUUUAGAGCAAUUUUUCUCAACCUUGUCAGCCAAAGCACACAUUUCCAUUACGAAAAAUCAAAAUUGUUUUGUCAGCCAUGCCCGCCAUUCCUGCCUGAUCAUAUAACGACCACAAGAGGGCGCCAGUAACUGGUAUAAGCGACUGGUAUCGGCAGCACAAAAACCUGAAACUUAGACGUAAGCAAUACCUGGUAUCAGUACUUGCCCGCCCCUAAUUAUUGUUAGUAAAAGAAUGACUUUCAGUCCAAUUAUUGUAUGUGAAAUUGGUGACACGAACGCGCUGCGGCACAACGGAUGGGAAAUUUUGUUUUAGAGCGAAGCGAAAUCAUGACAAACCAAUUACGUCCCAGUAGAAAAUAGAGCACAAUAAAGAGAGACAAAUGUGAGAUGAAGAGAUUUUUAUUCUGUAUUAGACAUGAACACAAUAUUUUAAAAGUUUUAAAGAGCUUAUGAAAUACACUCUGAAGUUAAGAAACACUUGCAAACUAAAACACUGCAAUGUUUACCGCCAUUAAAAAAAAAAACAAAAUGUAGUUUGAUGUUCAAAAGUAUCGAGUUCUUGGGUUGGCUCUAUUAUUGAUUUGCUUCACGAGCUCCUGUAGAUGGCGAGCUUUCUUCCACUUUUCAAUAAAGGCAAUUAUGGGAUUCCGCAAAAGCGAAAUGGGAUCAAUUGAGCAUCACAGCUACUACAGAGAAAAAGCCAGAAUCCCUUAGUUGUUAAAAAAAAAAA